UUCAUGGAGAAGGAAAUAUUGAUCUAACGAGUGAAAUUUGAGUGAGUAGGUGAAUAGGUGAUUUGGUUGGAUGCAGGGAAUAGAUCCGGUUGGGAGUGGCAAUGCAUUUGAAUUGAUGCCUUGCAUUGACAUCCUGUGACCUAACAAAACAACACUGCAUCAUAUGCAAAUGCAAUUUUGUUUGUGUUUGUUGUAACCCACAUUACAAAUUUGAUGGGGUACGAGGCUUUGUAGAUCCGAUUUGUUUCUCUUUCCAGAACAUCUCUUCUGGAGAUACACCUCACCCACCCGCAUUUCGUAGUUUCUUCUCAUUUGGGGGAUCUGGGCGCAAUCUUUCUGUCUGUAUAUUUAAUAGAAUAGAAUGAAUUCAUUUCAUUAGAGAUUGGGUGGAAUUAAUAAAAUUGAUUGGAUGGGUUGUAUAUGCUCCAAAGGAAAAUCUGCAGACCAAUAUGUUGCUGAAAACCAUGCCAAAGAUAGAUCCUCCAACACCAAGCAUUUGAGAUUGGGGGGAAGAGAACUAACAGAGAAUGAUGCUACGGCUCACCUCAUAUCCAAUGCAAAUGCAAUUGGACAUGGAAAUGGAACAGAAGAAGCCUCCACCUCCUCGGAUGAACAUCAUCAAGGGGACAAGAAUGUCAAUGCCAAUGCAACCGAACAAUCACCACAACCUAAGGUGUGUAGGAUAUUUAGUGUAACUGGAGGGGAAAGAGGAGGACAGGUUCUUACUGGCUGGCCCUCUUGGCUCACUGCAGUUGCUGGUGAAGCCAUUAGUGGUUGGAUACCUCGCAGGGCUGAUUCCUUUGAGAAGUUGGAUAAGAUUGGCCAAGGAACUUACAGCAGUGUUUAUAGAGCUCGUGAUCUCGAAACAAAUAAAAUUGUUGCACUCAAGAAGGUUCGAUUUGCUAAUAUGGAUCCAGAAAGUGUCCGUUUUAUGUCAAGGGAAAUCAUUGUGCUGCGAAGGCUUGAUCAUCCAAAUGUCAUGAAGCUUGAAGGCAUGAUUACUUCAAGGUUUUCUGGUAGCUUGUACCUUAUUUUUGAAUAUAUGGACCAUGAUCUUGCAGGCCUUGCAGCAAUACCCAACAUCAAGUUUACUGAAGCACAGAUCAAGUGUUACAUGCAACAGCUUCUUCGUGGUCUUGAGCAUUGUCACAGUCGUGGUGUUAUGCACCGUGACAUCAAGGGCUCAAAUCUUCUGCUUGACAGUAAUGGCAAUCUGAAGAUUGGUGAUUUUGGGCUUGCAGCUUUGUUUCAGCCAUCUCAUGGGCAGCCUUUAACUAGUCGUGUCGUAACCUUGUGGUACCGACCACCUGAACUUUUGCUUGGAGCUACAGAUUAUGGAGUUACUGUGGAUUUGUGGAGUGCUGGAUGUAUUCUGGCAGAGUUGUUUGUUGGGAAGCCUAUAAUGCCUGGACGAACAGAGGUGGAGCAACUACAUAAAAUCUUCAAACUUUGUGGAUCUCCAUCUGAAGAAUACUGGAAGAAGUCAAAGCCACCACAUGCAACAGUUUUUAAACCUCAACAACCUUACAAAUGUGUUAUUUCUCAGACAUUCAAGGAUAUUCCAUCAUCUGCACUGAGCCUAUUGGAGGUCCUUCUUUCUGUAGAACCGAAAGAUCGAGGAACUGCUUCUUUAGCCCUUCAGCAUGAGUUCUUCACAGCAAUGCCACUUCCUUGUGAUCCAUCAACGUUACCAAAGUACCCACCAAGUAAGGAGUUUGAUGCCAAACUUCGCGAAGAGGAAACUAGAAGACAAAGAGCAGUAAAUAAAGGAUAUGAACAUGAAUCAGUUGGGAGAAAUUUUAGAGAGUCCAAAGCUGUGCCAAUACCUGAUGCUAAUGCUGAGUUUCAGGCAACUGUGGGGAGACAAGGACAGUGUAAUUCUAAGUGCAUUACUAAGAAGUACAAUCCUGAAGAGGAUGGUGAUUACGGCUUCCACCGCGAACCUGCAAAGUCAAGAGCACUCGAUGUAUUAUCUCAUUCUGGCCAGUCAGUGCAUCCAAGUGUAUAUGGAUCCUCACGCAAUAUGAAUCUGAAAGAGGAAGAUCUCACUAGCCCAGAUCAUGGCUUUAGAUCAAGAAAGUCUGAGUUGAGAAAACAAAAAUCCUAUUGGCAAGGUAGCACUGCAAAAUUGUCAAGAUUUUCUAAUUCAGUUGCAGUUCAAGGUGAUCCACUGCUUGAUAUGAGUGGUGACUCUAGUGCGAAUUCGCAGUGGCCAGAAGAUCAGUUUGGCAUGAGAUGUAGCCAUCAGGCUGAUGGUGAUUCCAAACAAUUGUUGGAUGGACUCAAAUCUUCACAGAAGAAUGACUUUCAUCCUAUUGGGAAGGAUCGUGCUAAGGGCUAUGCUAACAAAAAUGCCCGCAUGCACCAUUCUGGACCUUUGCUGGCUCCAGAGGAUAAUCUUGAAGAAAUGCUUAAGGAACAUGAAAGGCAAAUCCAACAGGCUGUCCGCAAAGCUCGUUUAGGUAAGGACAAGACAAAAAAGGCUGACAGUGAGAGUGGCCUAACUGAAUCACUAUUUCACCAUGUGAGAAAUCAAUAGUGACUUUCAAGAGAGUUUUGAUGCAAUUUAAUAUGGGAUGGGAACACUUGAACACAACAAGAUUGUGGCUAUCAUAAUUCAUUGCCAAGAUAAAUACUUCUUUUGGAAAUUCAUCAACUCUUGAUGCCGAUAAAUUACUAAUGCUCGUGGGGCUUCAACAUACUUCUUCACAUCAGAUAUUUAUAACUACCGUAGAAGGUCUUGUACAGAGUUCUAACCGACAAACUUCCAUGUUUCAUGAAGGUGGAUAGUUUAUACUUUACAGAGCAAAUGAAAUCCAUGGUGAUUGACUGCAUAAUAGUUUAUGGUUUAUUAACACACCAGCGAGUUGUUCCAUUGCCAGAUGGCGAAGUCAUUUCCAUGGCAUUACUUUGUAUAUUUGAAACUGAUUUUGCCGAAUUAAAUUUUUUCAUUUAAUGCAUAGGCUUUUGUUCAGAGCUAGAAUUCGGAAGGCUGAAGAAAGGCUUGCCUUUCGAAACAUAGUAUUCCCAUCAACAUGGGCAUGCAGGAGAAAUAAUACUAAAACAAAACACUUACUUCUAAUUUGCAUGUGGUACCUUAAUUUGUUAA